CACACUAAAACCCUUCGCUUACUUCGGGGUAAAAUUACCCCCGCCAUAGUAAAGGAUAAAGAUACUAGCAUUCUCCAUGAGCUGAGCUACAGGAAUAAAAGAUUCCGAUUCUUUACUCACCUGUACCGGAAUGAACGAAAUCCCGCGAAGAAGUUGAUAGCUCGAUUUCCCUUAACGUACUGGAUUGGCGAGGAUUGCCCAGGGAAUGCGGACGAGAAGGUCCGUUGUGGAACUAGCACAUACGCAUGGCUUGAAAAAGACUGCGCGACUGCUCCUAAUCCCCAGCUUUAUAGCUUCGGACUGUCUGAUGGCGAAACUUUCACUUUUCUCGACAACCUGCCCAUUUUCACCCGUACUAUUAAGCGUCUGCGUCGUUGGCUUUUAUCUCUGCUAAGCUACCCAGCCACAUCUCGAUAUAGUCAGCAUCCUACAGAAGGUCAGCUUAAGCUAUGCACGCCGUAUCUUUUGAUUAAAUAUAUCAAUCCAUCGCGAGGGCCAGGGAAGGUACUUUCUGAAACUUAG